AUGGCAUCUGAAAGCGGGGCAGUUUUAAUAACUCCUUUUGAAGCUGUUAUGAACAAAGACACCGGGCAUGGCGAGAUUGUGCUUAGAAAUGUGACGAAAAGCAGCUAUGCGUUCAAAAUUAAAACAACACAUCCGACAAGCUACAAAGUUAGGCCAACCAUUGGCAUUAUAGAGGGAGGGAAAUCGCAGAUUAUCGUGAUAGAAAUCAUUGAUCCGCACAUUGAGCAGGAUCUGAGUACCCACAAGUUUCUCUUCCAGUUUGCAGAAAUGGCGCAGGAGCUUAAAACCGAAAGUCUUCGGCAGAUCUUUCUACUGAAGGGAGUAAAGAUAAUAGAGCAGCGCGUAAGCAUCAGGUAUUCCAGUCCGCUUGUUAACCAAGAGAUAUCCGAUAGCAAGGCACAGGAAGAAAGCCUGUUUGUGGUUGCUGCAAGUGUGUUUAUUAUAUAUAGUACGCUUGUGCUUUUUAGAAAUCUUCUGUUUGGUAUUUAA